AAAAAAAAAAAAGCCACGAUCAGCAGAGUUUAUGUUCUAACCCUAACUAAUUAAACACACAUCUCAUGCCUGUAAUAAUCAAGUAAUCCUGAAGACCUAGCUGGUUCUAGUGUGUUUAAUCAGGGUUGAAACUAUGGAACAGAACCCUGCACCUUUUUAAAUGAAAUGUCAUUGAAAGAGUAGCCUACGUGAGGAACUCAAUUAAUCACUGACUGACUGAAUGAAUCAUUUACGUUCUGGUAGGACCACAAAUUUGAAAAUACAAUUCAUGCGUCAUUUUCCUCAAGUCCAGUAGUGCAUUUUUUGGAAAGUGAGCAGUACAUCACAUUUAUCAGUACAGUGACCCGUCCCUCUGGAGUAUUUUCCUCAGGCGGAGUUUCCUUCCUGUGUUUAGCUACCUUUCUCUCUAGAAUGGGUUUUCAAAAAGGUAGGACUAUUCAAAGCUUUGAAUGCCAUCCUUAUGCAGCUCAAGUUGCUGUACCACUUGAAAUCAAGAUAGGAUGGAUUCUUAUGGACAAACGAUUUUGGUCAUCGUGUUAAUUUCGUCUUGUGCUAGAUUGGUACAUAGCUGUGCUUGCUCGAGUAAUCUAAAAUAUUGUGCCAACAUAUACCAAAAACCAGUGGACUUUAAAACGGCUCAAGAGAUCUGCAGAGAACGGGGCGGUCAGUUAUCUAUCCAAUCGAAUAUAUCCGAUGAAGUUGUCGGCUUUCUUCUUGAUAACAUGAUCGGACACUUUUGGAUAGGACUAUAUCUCCCAAGGGAUCAGUGCUCAAGUAAUAUGAGUACAUCACGCGAAGGAGAAAGGACCACGGAACUCACGAACUGGGAGAGCGCAGAAACGCCGUGCGUUCCACGCUGCGUGUCUGUCUCCGGAGACAGAAAAUUGACGGAGAGACCGUGCACAGACAAACUGGAUGGAUUUUUGUGUGGGGACCCUGAGGGGGAUCUUUGCAAAGGAAAUGUGGUCAUCCUGGACGAUGCGCGGUGUUUGCUUGGGCACUGUGAACAUAAAUGUACUCCUAUGAAAUCCGGAUACAGGUGUUCAUGUUAUGAGCGAUUCCGACCUAAUGCACGGGAUCCACGCCGCUGUGAUUUCUAUUGCUCAACCAGUGUUUGUAAAGCGCUAUGUAUGAGAGGCGGGGCGGCGUGUUGGUGCCCGGCUGGCUUCGUUAGAAGCGAACAAAACUGCGAAGAUAUAGAUGAAUGCCAUUCAAAUCAUGACUGCGCUCACAUGUGCAUAAAUACGAUUGGAAGUUAUAAAUGUGCUUGUUAUGAACCAUUCGUCUUGGUAAAUGGAACUGCAUGCACUUUCAAUCCUAGUCUAUUAAAUGAUCAAGUAUUCACAACACUGUCCCCUAAUUUUAUAGCACGGGGGGCCCUGUCGACUCCAGGAGAAUAUGUUGGGCUGAUAAUAUUCCUAGCAUUAGCUAUUUUUGCUCUGUUAGCACUUGUGUAUUAUUUGCGCGGUCGUAAAGCAACUGUACAGGAAUGUAAUCCACCAGAUUAUAACGAGUUUCAAGGAAGUGUAUCUAAGUGAGAUAGCAACAUAACCGUGUUUUAGAAGGGGUCUUUUAGACUGUACACAUUCUUUGAAGGAUUUGACUGUUGGAAUGAUUGUAAAAACUGUUAUAAUGUCUCUAGCUAAAAUGCUGGAAUGUUAUGUUGAAUUAUGUUAGCCCAUGUGAAUAAAUAUGUAGGCCUGCAUAUGCCACUCUGAUGCUGCUCCUUAAAGGGAUAGUUCACCCAAAAAUGAAAAUUCUGUCAUUUACUCACCCUCAAUUUUGUUCCAAACCUGUAUGAAUUUCUUUCUUCUGCUGAACACAAAAGAAGAUAUUUUGAAGAAUGUCGGUAACCAAACAGUUUUGAUGGGGCCCCAUUGACUUCCAUAGUAUUGUAUUUUAUUUUCCAUACUAUGAAAGUAAAUGGGCACCAUUAACAGUUUGAUUACCGACAUUCAUUAAAGUUGCUAAGGUUCCUACUCUUUUGCUAUAUAAUGCUGUUUGAUUUCCACAUUAAUCUAGUUUUUUUGUUGUUGCUUUUUUUGUAAUUUUUAAAAGUUGUUUUUGAUAUUAAAAUAGCUAAUAAUGCCA